AUGUUCAUUAUCUAUCUAUCUAUCUAUCUAUCUAUCUAUCUCAAUUAUUUCAUUAAAUCUAUCUAUCACCGUUUGUCCAUCUUUCUUUUCUUUCUUUCUUUCUUUUUUCUUUCCGAAUAUGUUCAUUAUGUAUCACAGUUCUAUUCAUUCUAUCUAUCUAUCUAUCUAUCUAUCUAUCUAAUUAUCUAUUAUCUAUCUAUCUCCGUUUGUUCAUCUUUGUUUCUUUCUAUCUAUGUAUCUUUCUAUCUAUCUAUCUCAAUUAGUUCAUUAUCUAUCAUCAUCUAUUUCAUUAUCUUUCUAUCACCGUUUGGUCCAUGUUCAUUCUUUCUUCUAUCUUCCGAAUAUCUAUCUAUCUAUCUAUCUAUUUCAUUAAAUUCUAUUAUCUAUCACCUAUUGUUCUAUCUUUCUUUCUUUCUUUCUUUCUUUCUAUUCUUCUGGUCAAGAUGUUCAUCAUCAUCUAUCUAUCUAUCUAUCUAUCUAUCUAUCUAUCUAUUUCAAUUAAGUUCAUUGUCUAUCACAGUUUGUUCAUCUUUCUUUCUUUCUUUCUUUCUUUCUUUCUUUCUUUCUUUCUUUCUAUCGCAAUAUGUUCAUUAUCUAUCUAUCUAUCUAUCUAUCUAUCUAUCUAUCUAUCUAUCUAUCUAUUUCAUUAAAUUCUUUAUCUAUCACCGUUUGUUCCUCUUUCUUUCUUUCUUUCUUUCUUUCUAUUCUAUAUGUUUCAUUAUGUUCAUCAUCUAUCUAUCUAUCUAUCUAUCUAUCUAUCUAUCUAUCUAUCUAUCUCAAUUAUUCAUUAUCUAUCUAUCACCAUUUGUUUCUUUUUUCUUUCACCGUUUGUUUCUUUCUUUCUUUGUUUCUUUCUUUCUUUCUAUCGCAAUAUGUUCAUUAUCUAUCUAUCUAUCUAUCUAUCUAUCUAUCUAUCUAUCUAUCUAUCUAUCUAUCUCAAUUAGUUCAUUAUCUAUCUAUCACCGUUUGUUCAUCUUUCUUUCUUUUUUCUUUUCUUUCUUUCUUUCUUUCUUUGUUUCUUUCUUUCUUUCUAUCGCAAUAUGUUCAUUAUCUAUCUAUCUAUCUAUCUAUCUAUCUAUCUCAAUUAGUUCAUUAUCUAUCUAUCACCGUUUGUUCAUCUUUCUUUCUUUCUUUCUUUCUUUCUAUCGCAAUAUGUUCAUUAUCUAUCUAUCUAUCUAUCUAUCUAUCUAUCUAUCUAUCUAUCUAUCUAUCUCAUUAAAUUCUUUAUCUAUCACCGUUUGUUCAUCUUUCUUUCUUUCUUUCUUUCUUUGUUUCUUUCUUUCUUUCUAUCGCAAUAUGUUCAUUAUCUAUCUAUCUAUCUAUCUAUCUAUCUAUCUAUCUAUCUAUCUAUCUAUCUAUCUAUCUAUCUCUUUAAAUUCUUUAUCUAUCACCGUUUGUUCAUCUUUCUUUCUUUCUUUCUUUCUUUCUUUCUUUCUAUCGCAAUAUGUUCAUUAUCUAUCUAUCUAUCUAUCUAUCUAUCUAUCUAUCUAUCUAUCUAUCUCAAUUAGUUCAUUAUCUAUCUAUCACCGUUUGUUCAUCUUUCUUUCUUUCUUUCUUUCUUUCUUUCUUUGUUUCUUUCUUUCUUUCUAUCGCAAUAUGUUCAUUAUCUAUCUAUCUAUCUAUCUAUCUAUCUAUCUAUCUAUCUCAUUAAAUUCUUUAUCUAUCACCGUUUGUUCAUCUUUCUUUGUUUCUUUGUUUCUUUGUUUCUUUCUAUCGCAAUAUGUUCAUUUCAUUAUCUAUCUAUCUAUCUAUCUAUCUAUCUAUCUAUCUAUCUAUCUAUCUAUCUAUCUCUUUAAAUUCUUUAUCUAUCACCGUUUGUUCAUCUUUUUUCUUUUUUCUUUUUUCUUUCUUUCUUUCUAUCGCAAUAUGUUCAUUAUCUAUCUAUCUAUAUCUAUCUAUCUAUCUAUCUAUCUAUCUAUCUCAAUUAGUUCAUUAUCUAUCUAUCACCGUUUGUCCAUCUUUCUUUCUUUCUUUCUUUCUUUCCGAAUAUGUUCAUUAUGUAUCACAGUUCGCUAUCUAUCUAUCUAUCUAUCUAUCUAUCUAUAUCUAUCUAUCAAGAUAUCAUCUAUCUAUCUAUCUAUCUAUCUAUCUAUCAGUCUGGUCUCUCUAUCUAUAUCUAUCAUGGUCAAUCUAUAUCUAUCUAUCUAUAUCUAUCUAUCUAUCUAUCUAUCUCAGUCUGGUCAAGAUAUCUAUCUAUCUAUCUAUCUAUCUAUCUAUCUAUCUAUCUAUCUAUCUCAGUCUGGUCAAGAUAUCUAUCUAUCUAUCUAUCUAUCUAUCUAUCUAUCUAUCAAAUAA